UUUUUAUAAGGAGCCUAAUUCGUUAUUUAUUUAGCGUUCUUAAGUAUUGUUAUAUACUCGUGAUUUGGUUUUAAUACAUUGCAUUGCAUCCACUUCAAAUGAGAUCUUGGGUUAUACAGAAGGGGGUUUGUUCCUCCCAUUUUCCAAAGUUUAUAGGGAGGGCUCACUGUAGCUCCGAAGUACCUGGCGGUUGUUAUCUGGCCGAGUUGGGCACAUGUCGAUGGCUGUUCGAUCGACACGGUUGGUCUGUGGGCCGCGCGGCGCCCUCCUGCUGCUCCUCCUAGUCUUGCUUAGUGCCUUGGUGGUUCUUCAUAAGGUCACCCAGUCACCGCUCCUUAACCAGACGAAAAUCCUGCAGGAUCACUUAAGGGGGCAGCACGGGCGGUAUGUCCGAUCCACACGAACCAUUCUCCUUUGGACCGAUUUUUUUGGUGAUCCGCGAUGGAAGCUUUCCUGGGACACUCUGGGACCGCAGGAGCUGCGCGAUGAACUCCACUGUCCGGUCUACCAGUGCGAGAUCAGCAACCAGCACGCAUUCCUGCCCGCAGUGGAACUCUAUGACGCCAUUGUCUUCCAUGCGGCGGAGAUGUUUCCGCUCCUGCGCCCGGUGCCUCCUCAGAGAAGCCCCUACCAGGCCUACGUAUUCGCGUUGAUGGAACCGCCCGGGGAGACUAAGCAUCGACUGGACGACGAACAGGGGUUCUAUAACUUCACCAUGACUUAUCGAAUUGAUUCAGAUGUAUUUUGGCCCUACGGGCAGCUGCUGGACAUCGCAACCAACGCCGUGGUGGCGCCCAGUGUGAAACCGCAUUGGUGGAAACCUCCUGCGACUUUUAAUGACUCCCUGGUGUGGGACUUCUGGUCGGGAAAAACGAAAACGGCCGCCUGGUUCGUCUCGCAUUGCGAAACGUUGUCGAGAAGAGAGGUCUUGGCUAAAAGGCUUCAGGAAUUUUUUGACGUGGACAUCUACGGCAAAUGCGGAACACUCAGCUGCCUCCGGGGUGAUCCGCGCUGCGACGAGAUGUUGGACACCGACUACUUUUUCUACCUGGCAUUCGAGAACUCGCUGUGCGACGACUACGUGACGGAGAAGCUUUUCGAUGCCCUCCAACGAACCGUAAUACCAGUGGUUUUUGGCGGAGCGGACUACUCGCGCAUCCUGCCCCCCCACUCGUUCAUCGAUGCUAAUCGCUUCGAGACCGUGGAAGAGCUGGCCAAGUACAUGAGCUACGUGGCUGGGGAUCCGGAUUUGUAUGUUAGCUACUUCUGGUGGCGCCGCCACUACCGCUUGGUAUCCAGCUCUCCGUUUUGCGAACUUUGCGCACGGCUCCAUGCUCCCGCGUUUGGCCACAAAACGCAGUUCUACGACGACAUCCAGUCCUGGUGGUUCAACAGUUGCCGCUUGGAAAGCCGAAUACGAUUGUGAACUGUGCCCGGAUUAGAACAAGAUAGUUGCAACCAGCAGCACAGUCGAAUCGAAAGAGAGCGAGACGCACUUUGUAUCUCCCGCCCGCCAUCUGUUUGGGUUUACUCAUGUGAGGAAACAAACUCAGGUCGGAUUGGACCAAAAUGGGAGACGGUUGUCGGCGUAGGCAAAUAAGUAGGUAUUUUGUUGGGAAUUGGAUUGUUUGUAUUUAAAUAAGGAGUAUGAAUUAUUCUUAUUAGCAAAUAAAAUGUUUAAUUUGAAAUUCAAUUCUCGACCAAAAUAAACGUGGAGAUACAUUCAA